GUGUAGAACUCAUCAGCCGCAGCACACACACCUUUCCUCAGAGCUGAAUACUGGACUGCAGCCAUGAUUGAGAAGGGUCUGUUUGGGUUCCGGUUCGGUCUGCUGGCUUUCUUCUUCCUGGUCCUGCCCGGUCUGGCUCAGGACCACGAUCCAGCGCAGUGCCUCGUUUCUGGGAACUACAAGCUGAUCCGGGUGCCAGAAAGCAAGGGCGAGAUGAGCUGCCGGCAGGAUUGUGUAGCAGAACCGGACUGCCACAUGGCCGUGGUGUCCACUCCGCUCCACGGCCCCGCCGAGUGUCUGCUGGUGGACUGUCGGAACCAGAGAAGGCUCUCAAUGCCCCGAGACCCGAGCUCCAGCAUCGCCGUGUACCCCAAGAGCAGCGACGAAGUCCUCCAGUGUCGUGACGUUGAGGACAGGACUUCCUUCAGCAGCUGCCGGAUCGGGACUCCCAGAUUCUUCUACAACAGAACCAGCUACAGGUGUGAGCGGUUCUUCAGCGGCUGUGGGUCCAGCAGGAACUCCUUCUCUAGCCAGGAGGGCUGUGAAGCGCUCUGCAGUGAAAAGUAUCUCUGUUAUCGGCCCAUGGAGCAUGGCCAAAGACCUCCAUCCCCCUUCAUCAACGGCCUGCCCCCUGGACCGGAAGUCCUCCCUCCUAACUUCUUCUUCUACAACGUGUCGAGCUGGAGGUGUGAGGACUUUUACUUCAAAGGCAGCAUGUCUAACGGGAACAUAUUCCGCUCAGAGGAGCAGUGUGAAGGCCUCUGUGGGGGUGUUGGAGCUACUACAACCACUCAACCUGCUGUGGAUUCAGCUACUACAACCAGUGGACCUGCUGUGGAUUCAGCUACUACAACCAGUGGACCUGCUGUGGAUUCAGCUACUACAACCACUCAACCUGCUGUGGAUUCAGCUACUACAACCACUCAACCUGCUGUGGAACCAGCUACUACAACCAGUGGACCUGCUGUGGAUUCAGCUACUACAACCAGUGGACCUGCUGUGGAUUCAGCUACUACAACCACUCAACCUGCUGUGGAUUCAGCUACUACAACCACUCAACCUGCUGUGGAACCAGCUACUACAACCAGUGGACCUGCUGUGGAACCACCCAAUCAGAUCCGUGUUAUUAUAAUCUUUGUCUUCAUCAUCAUCAUCAUCAUCAUCAUUGUCGGGGGAUUCCUCUGCAUCCAGAAGAAUAGCAAAGAACAGCGUCCAUCUUCCCACAGGUACAGGAAGCUGUCAGAUGAACCAGUUUGCUGACACUAGCAUGGGGUUGUUAGCCUGCUGAUGUUAGCAUGCUGAUGCUAGCUUGCUGACACUAACUUGCUGAUGUUAGCAUGCUGAUGCUAGCAUGGCUGUCACUGUGGGUUUGUUUCUGUAUUUAAACUCAGUUUAUCAAUGAAAACAUCAAUACUUCUGAAUAAGUAACUUUUCAUCAUUUGUUUAUGAUUUUGUGAUAGUUAUUUAAAAUCAUGUGAUUCUGUAAUUUUGGGUACAAUUCGUGAAUAUCAUAAUUUUAUGGAGAUUUCUUAGGGUUUAGUUUGUUACAGAGGACGAAUCAUACAAAUAUCAUAUUUAAACAGUUGAUUUACUGAAUUAUUCUUGAUUUACAUUACUGAUCAGUUAUUGGAUUCUGAAUCGUCUUGAUUGUAAAAUUCAAGACGAUGUAUGGUUCCUCGUUAGGGCAUUGGUCGUAAUCAACAGAAACUCAACACGUGUAUUUCAUUUAUAUUAAAAGCUACUGUUAUUAUAAUAAACGUUUACUGUGUUGUAUGUUUAUAAUCCCGAGUGACUUGGUUG